ACUCUCAAAAGAAGCUCAUUGAAACGCCAAUCGAUCGAUCAACGGUUAAAGUUUGUUAUCGCAAAUAAAUCAAUUCUCAAUAAGCAUUGUUUUUAAUAUAUUCUAAAACGAUGGAAUUUACUAUGUCCUAAGGAAGGUAGAUGCGUAUUAUGUUAACUGUAUCACGUCAACAAUUCAAUCCUUUAAAGAGUGAAAUAUCGAUGACUGGAUCAAAAGCGAUUGCUCAUCCUGAGGUGAAAAAUUUUAAAGCUGAAUCUGUUCCACUAAAAACAACUAACAAAUAUACAAAUAUAAAUAAUAAGUUUACUCAAGAAAAUGGCAAUUAUGGCUUGCCUCAGCUAGCUUCUCUCCAUGUUCAACAGCUUUACGAUGACGAUGAUGAUAACAAUGUCAAUAAAAUGAAAAAUGAGAAACGUCCGUUGCCUACGGUAAAUGGUAACAACAACAACAAUAAUGCUAGUAGUCCAACCGAACGCCAGUCAAGCAUGAGUGUAUCAUCAGAAUCUACGAAAUCGAAGGUUACCCCUAUGACUCCUGAACAAGCAAUGAAACUAUUUAUGCAUAAACUGACAACAUUUGAGCAUCAUGAAAUUUUUAAUUUUCCUCAAAUAUACUUUGUGGGUCCAAGUUCAAAAAAACGCCAAGGAAUUGUUGGAGGUUCAAAUAACAAUGGUUAUGACGAUGAUCAAGGAUCUUAUGUUUUGACACCACAUGAUCAAAUUAAUUAUCGGUAUGAAGUUUUAAAAGUCAUUGGUAAAGGUAGUUUUGGUUCUGUCAUAAAAGCUUAUGAUCAUAAAGCUCAAAUUAAUGUUGCAUUGAAAAUAAUACGUAAUGAAAAACGAUUUCAUAGACAAGCUGCUGAAGAAAUAAGAAUAUUAGAGCAUUUACGCAAACAAGAUAAAGAGAACAAUUUUAAUAUAAUACAUAUGCUUGAACAUUUUCAGUUUCGCAAUCAUAUAUGCAUUACAUUUGAACUUCUUAGUAUAAAUCUUUAUGAACUUAUAAAAAAGAAUAAAUUUCAGGGAUUCUCUUUACAGCUUGUACGAAAGUUUGCUCAUUCUAUGCUACAGUGUUUAGAAUCUCUUUAUCGUAACAGAAUAAUCCAUUGUGAUUUAAAACCUGAAAAUGUUUUGUUAAAGCAGCAAGGUCGCAGUGGAAUCAAAGUUAUUGAUUUUGGCUCCAGUUGCUAUGAACAUCAAAGAAUUUAUACUUAUAUUCAAUCAAGGUUUUACAGAGCACCAGAAGUUAUUUUAGGUGCGCGAUAUGGGAUGCCAAUAGAUAUGUGGAGUUUUGGUUGUAUAUUAUCUGAACUUUUAACUGGCUAUCCUUUAUUUCCCGGAGAAGAUGAAAGUGAUCAGCUAGCGUGUGUUAUUGAACUAUUAGGUGUUCCACCAGAAAAACUUUUAGGAAACUCGAAACGAGCUAAAAAUUUUAUCAGUUCUAAAGGAUACCCUAGAUAUUGUUCAGUUACAACAUUACCUGAUGGAAGUACAGUUUUAACAGGGGGACGUUCGAGACAUGGUAAAGUUAGAGGUCCGCCUAAUUCAAAAGACUUUGUCACUGCAUUAAGAGGAUGUGAUGACCCUUUUUUUAUUGACUUUUUAAAAAAAUGUUUAGAUUGGGAGCCAAGUCAAAGAUUGAUUCCCUCACAAGCAUUACGACACCCCUGGUUACGGCGGAGAUUACCUCGAGCUCCUGUUGAUCCUAAUACCAUAACAAACAAUCAACAUAUAAGUGAAAAAAAUAAGCAAAAUAGACAGCAGUCUGCUGUUAGCAUAAGCAAACUUCCUCCUGCUCAACCUCCUUCAUCUAAACAUACAAGAAGAACUUCAGAAAAUCAAUCAGACCAAGGUUCUGAAUUAAACAGACAUACAAUAUUACCAAAAAUUAUAGGAAGAUAGUAUAUAGAGUUUUAAUUUUUUCCUCAAAUUAUUUCUCCUUAACAGUAUUCAAAUUGAAGUAAAAAGAACUUUUUUAUUUAUUGUUUUUAGAUUUUAUUUCUCUGAUUUUCUAUGUAUAUAUAUUCUUUUUAUCUUCAUUAUGCAAUAUUAAGCUAGUAUUUUUAAAAAAAGCUAAACAUCUAUUUAAAUGACAUUGAAUGCAAAGAAUUGCAUGAAAGCCUUUAUGCCAUUUUUAAAUUGAUGAAAUUCCACAGCAUGGUUUUUUUUUCAAAGUAUAGAAUUUGUUAAAUCUUUUAUUGCAUCUUGAUUUGUUACCAUUGAUCAUAUAGAAACAUUUGUAUACUUAAACAUUUUCUGAUUUUGCUUUGAAUUAUUUUUUACUUGCAUCUGUUAUAAUAAAGAAAAUAUGAAAUAAUUAAAAUCAAGUUUAUCUUAGUAAUACUAAGGUGAACUUGAUUAUUUUAAAAUUAUUGUUGUAUUAUUUUUAUUUUUUAACUGCAAACAUUUUAUAAUUCAUGAGCGUUUGUUUAUUUUUAAAAUCAAUGACGUUUGAUUGUUACCAACUUUUUUAUUUUUUAUUUACUUGAACUUUUUAAGUUGUUUUAUUCGCGACCUUUAGUAAAUAAUAGCGCUGAACAGUAAGGUAAAACAAGUAAUUAAGAUUUUUUUCUUUUUAAAGUUCAAAUAAAUAAAUGAGGUAAAUGUCUGGCUCAAGUUGAUGUUAAAAUAAUUCUCUGCUUUUCUAUUGGAUUAUAAUUUUUUUUUCUGUUUUUUUUUUUUUUUUUUGUUUUAUAUUUUUUGUGUGUGUUCAUGCUAGUAAGUGGAUUUCAAAUUUUAACUUUAUAAAAUACAUUUCUUUGUAAUCAUUAAAAUGUAUAAGGCUUUUAUUGAUCUAUUUUAACAGCUUUGUAAAUAUUUUAUUGUCUAUAUAGAUGUAUACUUAUGAUGAUAAACAAACAUUAUCUUGUCA